AUGCAUUUUACACCAGCAACUAUUCUGGUAGCAGGCCUUGCGGCUCAGCGUGUGGCGGCCACUGGUUGGUCUGUCGGCGCCAAGUCGUAUAGCUGCCCUGCGAACACCGACAACCAGUGCUCGACUCAGCAGCAAGGUGGCUAUGACUGGUCUGGCCUCAACUCCGGCUCGUUCAGCUCCUACGGCAGCAACAAGUUUUCUGGCUUCCAGUGCUCUGAUGCGCCUCACAAGCGCGAUGUCUUGAGCAAGCGUGCUUUCCAGGACAAGUGCAUCUCUGGUGGCCUCGAUGACAAGCCUUCCAUCUCUUGCCACGACGACGACACCAUGUCGAUUGACACCUAUCACAUUUCUUCCAGCAAGGACGCCGAUCUCGACUGCGAGUACGGCAUGCCUGACGGCUCUACCUGCACAGAGCAGCACUCCUGCUCUUCGGAGGGCUCGAUCAUCCAGAACACGCAGUGUGGAGGUGCUAAGAGUGUGACCUUCAAGCCUCGUAACGGCGACUCUGGCGGGUGCUCGAUGAGCAUUCACUCCAUUGGCUUCAACUGCGGCUCCGCAUCCAGCACUGUACCUGCCAGUACACCGACCAUCUCAAGCACAUACGGCAUUGCUAGCAGCUCUAUCAUGACUACCAGCUCUGUGGCCACCACCUCGGAUGUCAUUUCAUUCUCGAGAUCCUCCAGCACUCUCCCAAGCAUCGAGACUUCUCCGGUGACCACAAGCUCUGUCGUUAUUAGCACCACAAGCUCAGUCGUUGUUAGCACUUCUUCCACCAUCACCUCGGACGUCUACUCGACAUCUGAGACCUCGAGCGUAUCUAGCGUCGAGACCUCGCCAGCUACCGCGAGUUCGGUGGCCUCCAUCACGGCUUCUUACCCGGCCAGAAACAUCUCCAUCCCAGCGGUGUCGUCGUCCGCCCCAUCUUUGACCUCCUCUUACGGCUGCUACGGCGCAUCCUGCAGCUCCAGCACUUCUGACGUCGUCAGCGCUGUAACCAGUUCGUCGUUUUCAAUCUCUAUUGUGUCCUACAGCACUAGCACGGUCUACAGCACUACUCAGUCGACCUCGGUCAGCUCCGGCAGCACUGUUAUCGUCACUGCGACAAUCGCCAUCUCCACCACCAUUUGCCCAGUAACUGCUACUCAAACCGGAAGCGUUUCGUCGCCUGCUUCGAUCAGCUCCUCGACACCUCUGGUUAUCAGCGGCUCAUCUACACUCACACCAAACUCGACUCUAGUUUCUGCCGUGACUAGCAGCUCUGCAUCAUCCUACCCUACACCAAACUGCCCUGAUCUCCUGCCCAGCUGCUUGAACACCUGGAUGUACGAGACCAGCUGCAAAGACAACUCCGAUUCUGAUUGCUACUGCAAGGACAGCUCAUUCAUCACCCAUGUCAUGGGUUGCAUCAGUGCCUGGUCUGGCUCAAGCUCUGAUACCAGUGCCGCCGCAUCGUAUCUCCAGGGUAUUUGCGCAGCCCACGUGCCAUCAAACCCGGCUAUCAUUACUGCUUGCCCAUCGACUGUUGUGCCUGCGACGGAGAGUUCCCCAGCUACGACCUCACCCGCUCCAGUCGUACCGUCUACGAUCACGAUCUAUUCCACCCAGGAGUACACCAUCACGAGCUGUGGUCCUGAAGUCUCAAACUGCCCAGCCAGCAGCACUGUCAUUUCGACUUCAUCAGUUCCUGUCUCGACGAGCGUGAUCACGCCAAGCUCAUCGCCAGUGAGCCCGGUCACCUCGUCCGUUUCUGCUAUCCCUGUUGCUCCUUCGACCAUCACGCUUUACAGCACUCAAGAGGUCACCGUUACCAGCUGCGCUGCUGAUGUGACCAACUGCCCUGCGAGCAGCACUAUUGUAGCCACAACAUCUGUCGCUGUAUCUACGACCAUCGUUGUGCCAUCUGUGCCCGCAAGCACGUCCGUCGCACCCGUGACUGCGCCUGCCCCAACCGGCCCUCAAACCACUAUCACCUACUCCGCUCCGGUGACCAUCCCAGCCACCUACAGCACGGGUGUGUCGAGCGGCCUCACCAUCAACUCCUCGAGCAUCACAACCCACCUUAUCACGACCGUUACCGUCCCACAAGUGCAAUUCACCACCUCAACAAUAAUUGUCAGUGGCUCAUCAAGCGCCUACACAGGACUUGCUGCCGGCUGCCCAAGCAGUGUGGCCGCUACAGCCACCGCAGUCACCGUCCCAGCGGUCGGUGCAGGUUCCACAAGCGCACCUGCACCUGUGUACCCAACCUCCUUCGGUACCUCAUACGGCACAUCCUGGACUGCACGACCGACGACCUCAGUCGUGCCAUUCACCGGUGCUGGUGUCAAGAUCUCUGGUGCCAGCUUCGGUGGUCUGGCCGUGGGUGCCGUUGCUGCUCUCCUUGUUUUGUAG